AGACAGUCGACCACGAACAGAACCCUAGGCUGGUAAUUUUACCAAUUUAACCUCCUUCAUCGCUGUCAAAAAGCUAGUUUCUCCUUCAAAGCUUCAUCAACAAGCAAGUGAAUUCCCAUGCGGAAAAAGUUCCCUUUGCUUAAAAGCCAAGUCAAAGUUGCAUUAUGGUAAGGAGUGCUCCUGAAACUACUUCGAACAAUCAAUUCCAACAUAAAAGUUCGUGGUGAAUAUCGUUCCAUCCUCUUGCAAGUGAUCAGCAUUGUUCCAGCUCUAAACGGAUCCGAACUAUGGCCAAACCAUGGCUUCUUCAUCAAAAUCUCAGAUUCAUCUCAUUCCACAUACGCAUCACUCUCAAAACAAGACAACGAACUCAUUUUAAACAAUAAACUGCAACUGGGUCAAUUCUUUUGGAUCGAUAGAAUGGAUGUUGGAACUCCAGUUCCAGUUCUUGUCGGAGUUAGGCCUGUUCCAGGAAGACAUCCGUUUAUUGGGAACCCUAAAGAUUUGAUGCAGAUGUUAGACCCAUCUGAAGCUUUGAAGUCCAGUGAUCAAAUGGUGGAGGCGAAAGAGAUGAUAAAAAAGAAAAUUGUGAUCAAAGAGGAGAAAGUUACAGUUGCUUCAAGGUAUUUGCAAGGUAUUGUGGCAAAAAACGAUGGUUUAAAGAAAGAUGAGAAUGAGUGUGUCAAAGAACCAUUAACGAUUAAGCAAGAAAACAUCAAAUCAAACUCGCUGCAAUUGCCAAGAAGGAGAAACAAAAAAAGUUCUCCAGAAACAGUUUCAUGGUCCUCUCUGCCUUCUAAGCUGCUAAAUCCUGCCAAGGGAAUGAUGCGAAGGAGAAUGUUAGCUUCGCUUGUAGCAGAUGAAGCUCAAAAGGAAGCCAUAACAGCAGCAAAUCUUGUCAAAUGCCUCCAAAUGUUUGGUGAGCUUUGUUCAUCCGCAUCACAUGCAAAACCCCACGAGUCUCUGACCAAAUUCUUUUCACUUUACGCACUGAUAGAAGUCAAAGAACAAGAAAAUGACAGUAUUGUCCCCACGAAGGACAGAUUGUUUCAUGAUCAGUUUUCGAGUAACUCAGAAGCACCAGAAAAUACAGAAAAAUCUGGAAAAAAGAUAGGGAUUGCUCGAGGUAAAAGUAUACCGAAGACUCCAAAGAUCACUUCAAUGGAGCUAAGUGUUUCUGAUAAACUGGAAUGGGCAAAAGGAGAUGGUUUGAAAGAGGGGAAAGAGUUAAGAGAGAUGUUGUUAGAAGAAACGGAAUCAUGGUUUCUAGAGUUCUUGAAAAGAGCACUAGAUGUCGGGUUUCAAAUGGGGAAUCUUGAAACAGUCAAAGGGAAAGGGAGAAUUAAUCACAAUAAUAAUGUCGGAAAUAAGACUGAACCAAAUAGUCAGAUUGCUGUGACAUUGUGUCAACUCAAGCUAGCAAAUGAGUGGCUGGAUAAAUUAAGAAGCAAGAUGAUGAUGAUUUCCGAGAGAAAAGAAGUUGUGGUGGAUACUAUCGAUCUUUUGAAGCAAAAAAUAUAUACUUGUUUGCUUGUCCAUGUAGACUCGGCUGCUUUUGCUCUAGAAAAAAACAGAUUAGAUCGUGUAUAAACCAAUGGACUUACCUUAAUUUAUUCAAAGUAACUUUUAUAUUACAUGAAUUCUUUAUUUCUUAACAAAAAAUCAAGAUUCAUGACUAAUCGACUAUAUUCUACUUGUAUA